AUGAGAAUACUACUGAUUGCAUUGGUAGUGACACUCACUAUCGCCACAACAUCGGCAUUCAGCACUCAGGAGGGCCAGCAGAUUCUGGCACUGUUGAACGACAUUAGAGGUUCGGUGAGCCCUCCACACGCAUCCGGUGGCUUUGCACCACUCCAAUGGAGCAGUGACCUAUACGCGAACGUUUACAACGUGUCUGCAGCCUGUAACGAUAGAUACAUGUCCGAGUUGGCUGCCGUCGGAGCCACUGGCGAGAACACCUUCUUCUUCAACAGCGAACCAACACCCUACGAGUUGAUCAAUGCCAUCAAGGCACCCGGUGGAUCAUUCAACUAUGAUGAUAUCUCCUGUGCCGAUGGUGUCGAUUGUUCAAUUUAUACCAAUGUGAUCAACGACCAAACUACUCAAGUUGCCUGUAACAAGGCUUACUGCUCUGCCAACCAGGGAUGGAAGGUCGUCUGUGGAUACUUCCCAGCUGGUUCAUUCGCCGGUGUCUCCCCAUACCCCGCCCAACCACAUGCCUCCACCUCCAAGUUGGACGUCAGCAACAUCAAUGGUCUGCUUUCGUUCCACUCCAACAAGAUGAUUCAGUCCGAGCCAGAGAUCGAGAAGCUGUCCAUGCCCAAGACUGGAAACUUUGACUGGAGAGAGAAGGGUGUCGUCGGAAUCCCAGAGGACUCGAUCGACUGUGCCGACUCAUUCGCCUUCACCGCCACUGGUAUCUACCAGUCGCGUAUCGCCAUGUCCAAGGGCAUCCGUACCUCGCUCUCCAAGCAGCAGAUCCUCGACUGCUCCGGCUCCGCCAACGAGAACUACUGCAGCGGUGGCAACCUGAACGACGCCCUGCUGUACGUCCGUGACAACGGUCUGAUGAAGACCACCGACUACCCAUACACCGGCGCCAGCACCCUGUUCAACCACCCAUGCAAGUACGACGAGUCCAAGAUCGUCGUAGACGGUGGAUACGUGCGUUUCUCCGAGCCAACCAAGGCUGACAUCCUGUCCAAGUGUCGCGACCAAGGUCCCCUCGGUGUGGCCAUGCUCGGAACGCAAGACUUCUACGACUACCGCGGAGGUGUGUUCCGCUGCAACGUCGGCCAGGUCACCGCCACCAACCACUCUGUGCUGUUGGUCGGCUACAACCAGGACCAGGACUACUACAUCGUGCGCAACAACUGGGGCACCCAGUGGGGUGAGCAAGGCUUUGCCAGGAUCUCUGCUCUGCCCAAUGAGGACUGUGGAAUCGGUGCCAACAGAGCCGGAUCCGUCGAUUUGAACUAA